UAUGGGGCUCAGGGCCAGGCGCUCCGCGGCACCGCAUCCAAGCAGGAGCGCAGGGAUAAGCGGGGGGGGGGGGCUCCGAGCCCCGGCGCCAGCCGAUGAGCACGUUUUGGAGCUGGUGACGUCUGCUCCGGCAUCACCGAGGCAGGAAAACAAGCGGCAGAGCGCGAUCCCAGCGCUGUGGAGCCGAGCAGGCUCCGGGGCACCGCGCCCAUCACCAUGUGCCCCCCGGCGGGGCCGCUGGAGGCCGGGGGGCUCCGCUGAGCCCCAGCCAUGGCUCCGUGGCGGUGGCUGCUGCUCUGGUGCUGGCACACGGCGCUGCUCCAUGGCCAGCUCCCACAGGACGGCCCCCCCCGCCCGGCGGGGUGGUCCCCGGCUCCAUCACCCCCCUGGGGACCCACAGAGGAGCCGGGGGACACCGAGGGCUCGGCGGCGGCUCUGGCGUUCCUGCGGACGGGCGAUGCUCGGCGCCUGGCCCGAGCCAACUGCAGCCGGGGGGUCCCGGCGGCGGCCGCGGGUCCCGGUCCCCCCCCGGCGCUGCGAGCUGCGCUCCGUGCCGCCCCCGAGGCGCUGGCCCACGCCGCCAACUUCCUCAACAUGCUCUUCCAGACCAACGACAUCCGCGAGGCCAGCGUGGCAGAGGACGUGGAGUGGUACCAGGCGCUGGUGCGCAGCCUGGCCGAGGGGCACCCAUGGGUGCGCAGGGCGGUGCUGGCCCUCGAUGCUCACCCGCUGGCCGCCAAGCCCCGGCUGAUGCUGCAGGCUACCAAGGGCGAUGGCCAGAUCCUGCUCCAGGAUGUCUCCGCUGCAGCUCCGAGCCUCGGUAACCUCAGCUGGGACAACGAGUGGUUCAAUGCCCCCAAAUCCCAGCGGACCCCUGCCCUCCGCAAGCGGGUGCUCAGCAAUGACCUGCGCAGCAUGGAGACCCCCAAGUGGCAGCGGGGUGACAGCUACGUGGGGGACCCGGGCCAUGUGCGGUGGUCCCCUCCGUUCCUCGAGUGCCGGGACGGCCGGUUCCUGCCUGCCUGGGCUGUCACACUCUCCGCUGCUUUCUAUGGGCUCAAGCCAGACCUCAGCCCUGAGUUCAAGGGUGUCGUGCGGGUGGACAUCGAGCUGCGGGACGUGGCCAUUGACCAGUGUGCCAGCGGGCCGGGCUGGUUCGCAGACACGCACCGCUGCGACCUCAACAGCACCCAGUGUAUCCCGCAGGAGAGCCACGGCUUCGUCCUCGGGAGGUACCUGUGCCGGUGCAAGCCGGGCUUUUAUGGAGCCAGUGGAGCAGCCCAGGCAGGCACAGCGGGGGCAGACGGGGGGUCCCUGUUGGGAUGCCGGCCCUGCCGCCAGGGAUGCUCCACCUGCCAGGACGAUGCUCCCUGCCUGAUCCAGGAGGACCGGGCGCUGCGGGCAGCCGUGCUGUCCUGCCAGGCCUGCUGCAUGCUGGCCAUCUUCCUCAGCAUGCUGGUCUCCUACCACUUCCGACGGAGCAAGAGGAUCCGGGCAUCCGGAAUCAUCCUCCUGGAGACGAUCCUCUUCGGGUCCCUCCUCCUCUACUUCCCAGUGUUCAUCCUGUACUUCAAGCCCAGCAUCUUCCGCUGCAUCGUCCUGCGCUGGGUCCGCAUGCUCGGCUUCACCAUCGUCUACGGCACCAUCACCCUCAAGCUGUACAGGGUGCUGAAGGUGUUCCUGUCCCGCACGGCCCAGCGGGUGCCCUACGUGUCAAGCAUGCGGGUGUUGAAGAUGCUGGGGCUGAUCCUGGUCCUGGUGCUGUGGUUCCUGGCGGCCUGGACCAUCGGGAUGCUGGAGAACGUGGACAAGAACAUCCCGCUGGUGAUCCGCACCCAGACUGCCGGCGGCCUCCACUUCUACAUCUGCGGCCAUGACCACUGGGACUACAUGAUGGUGAUUGCUGAGCUGCUGUUCCUGCUGUGGGGCAGCUUCCUGUGCUUCGCCACGCGCGCCGUGCCCUCCGCCUUCCACGAGCCUCGCUACAUGGGCAUCGCGCUGCACAACGAGCUCAUGAUCUCGGCCACCUUCCACGUGGUCAGGUUCAUCGUGGUCCCCUCGCUGCACCCGGACUGGACGCUGCUGCUCUUCUUCGCUCACACCCACGGCACCAUCACCAUGACCCUGGCGCUGCUCUUCAUCCCCAAGUUCCUGCACACGGGCUCACCGCUGCGGGAGGAGAUCACAGCCGAGGUCUAUGAGGACGAGCUGGACAUGCGGCGCUCGGGCUCCUGCCUCAACAGCAGCAUCGCGUCGGCCUGGAGCGAGCACAGUCUCGACCCCGAUGACAUUCGGGAGGAGCUGAAGAAGCUCUACAGGCAGCUGGAGGUGCACAGGAGGUGGCGGAUGGCAGCGCUCAACCCUCACCUCCCCAAGCAGCGCAGCGCCCGCCGCAGCCUGGCCCGCUCCAUCGCCCACCGGGUCACCGAGCUGCCCGAGGCGCUCGCACGCCGCCGCCGCAGCAGCAGCACCCGUGGGUCCUCGGCCAAGCAGCUCCUCAAUGCGGGUACCACGGACCUGAGGAUGCGGGAUGAUGGCUCCUGCAGCACUGAGGGGGUCCAGGGGGGUUCACCCAUCCUUGCUGCCCCCCAGGAGCCUGCGCCGGGGAGGAAGAUGAUGGUGACGGCGGCCUCGGUGCAAUCCGACAGCGAGUCCCUCGAUGCUGCUCCGCUCGUGUACAAGUCAGCCAGUGCCCACAACCUGGUGGGGCACGGGCAGUCCCCCCUGCCCCGCGCCCCCCCCUUGCACAAGUCGCUCAGCGUGGUGGCCGGGGCGCAGGAUGAAGCCCUGCUCGCCGCCAGCCGCGCUGCAUGGGGGAAGCAACACAUCGAGCAUCCAUUCAGCCUGGCCUCGGGGCACCCCACGGCACAAGGACCCCCCAAGGAAGCUGGGAAGCCGCAAAGCCCUGAUGCUGUCCCCAGCCCCGCCGAGGGGUGCUCGCGGGCUGUGUCCCCCCUGGGCGAUGGCAGGGUGCAGAGACACGUCACCUACGCGCCCAUCAAGAGCAUCAGCAUCGACUGCUCCCAUCACCCAGGGCGGGUGCGGAUGGUGGUGGUGAGGAGAACCCCACCACGGCCCCCAGUGCGCUGCCAGAGCCUGGGGCAGCGGGGACCAGCGGCCGGGGACAGCCUGGGGACAGCAGAGCCACCCGUGGCACCCCCAGCAGCAGGGAUGAAGGAGGAAGAUGCGGGGUGCACGUCGCCCGCAGCAUCCAUCCCGGCACAGGUCUGUCCCUGGGAGCUGGUCCAGGAGGAGAUCCUGAGCCGGAGGGAAAGAGCCACCCAAGCAGCAGGGUCGGGGACCACCAGUGACACAGCAGCCACUCCCCCCAGCAUCAAACCAUCCGCCCAGAAGAUGUCCCUCUGGAGCCUGGGCCUGGCCAUCAAAGCCUUCAACAGAUCCAGAGGGAAAAGCAUCCCAAAGGGAAAGAGGGAGAGCGAGGGGAGCCUCAGGAAGAGGAGGGGGGGCAGCAGCAGGAGGGAGAGGCCAAGCCCAGCAGAGACAUCGGCCGUGUCCCCUGCAGGGACCACAGGCUCCGAGCAGGGCUUUUGCCAGCACAACAACAACGCCAGGGCCGCUGCGGGCGAUGGAGAGGAGCCGGGUGAGGAGCACGGUGCUGCCCAUGGGGAUGCGGAUGCAGAGCACGGGGCCCCAUCAAGCUCUGGUCACCAAGAAGCAGCUGAACGUCCCCAUGAGCCCCCGGUGGUGGUGGCACAGCCCCAGCCCCAGCAAGGGGAUGAGGCUCCUGUGGUCACACCAAAGGAAGGGCUCGAGGGACCCAGCGGGUCCAUCCCCUGCCAGGACCACACAGAGGUGGAGCAGCCACAGGCAGGACCCAGCGUGAGCAGCUCCCAUCCAUCCAUCAGUGAUGGGCAGAGAGCGGCUGCUGAAGAGCUGGAGGCUGAGAUUUGGCCCCAAGGAGCCCUGGAUGGCCCAGCAGGAACCGUGUGCCAGGGGGAAGGCAGCAGCCAACCUGAGCCCCUUGGUCCCAGGGACAUUGGGAAGGUCCCUGCAAGGAGCCGGAGCGAGGAGAUGGCCCCGGUGGGCAGGAAGGCACAGGUCUGUGCUAGGGACAACCAGGCUGAUUCCAGCAUCAAAACAGGGAUCUGCCUCUGGGAGGAGAGCAGGGGGGACCCUCAGCAUCCCAGGGAAGAGCUGGGCAUGGAGAAACCAUCAGCAAACCCCUCGGAGCUGCUGGAGGGGCCUUUGGAGGGCAGGAGGGGCCAGGUUUGUCCAUGGGAGACCCUGGAAGAGGGGAGGACCACGAGAGCAGCAACCGGCUCCUGGGACGCAGAGGGGGCUGAGCCAGAGCAAGAGGGGCAGGAAGCAGAGAGGAGACGGGUGGGUGAGCGGGGCAAGAGCAUCAGGGCAAGGUCCCUGGGGGUGGUGGGAGCUCCGAAGCCACCCAAACCUGGUCCCAGCAGCUUCGAGCUGCCAGAAGGGAUCCCAAAGAGCGCUCAGGCUUCGGUUUGUCCCUGGGAAGCGAUGGGAGCUGAUGGCGAUGCAGGAGGGAUUCGCCCUUGGGAAGGGGGAGCAGCCGCAUCCAAUGCAGGGAAAGCAGAGGAUGGUGACACCUCCCAAGAGGAAAACGGGAUUUCCCCACAGGCAGCAGCCCCAGGGGGCACGGGAGGGAUGGGUUUGGCUGCAGACAAGGGGAGCACCCAGCAGGGAUGUCCCUGUCCCGGGGAGGGUUCGGGGCAGCGCAGCACAGGGCCCGCAGCAGGACACCCAGCUCUGCCCAAAGCCGAAUCCAAGCACGCAGGAGCCAUGGGCAGCAGCAAGGCCAGCGUUUGUCCAUGGGAAGCAGAGGCUGAGCCGCUUGCCAAGGCAGAAAUCUGCCCCUGGGAAGAGCCUGAAGCUCCAUGGGGGAAGGACAGAGCAAGGCAGGACACGCGUGGCACUUCCAAAGGGGGAAACAAACCGGCGACCAGAGGCCUGGAGGGCGUCAAAGCAAAGCUGGCAGAGGUGGGAGGCCAUCACCCGGAGCACAGGAAGAGCAGGAGCUUCGCAAACCUCAUUAGGAAAAGCAUGGAGAGCCCAAAAGCCAAAUCCAAGAAAUCCCAGAGUGUGGAGAGCAUCAAAGAGGAAGUUUGUCCAUGGGAGAGCCUGGACAAGGAGCAGCCCAUGGAGCAUCCCCGUGCCAGGAGCCCAGCGCUGCCCAGAGCGCCUCCGAGAGCAUCUGAGAGCAGGGAGAGCCUGAAGGCAGAGGUGUGUCCUUGGGAGGCUCCAGGGGCUCAGUCCAUGGAUAAAGCAGAGAUCUGCCCCUGGGAGGUGGCCGCAGCUCCAUCAGGUAAAGAGGAAUCAAGGCAGGACAAGGAUGCUCUGUCCAUAGGGACAAAGAGCCCCUCCACAAUGGAAGGUGCCUGCAAAGGGAUUGGGCAUCACAGGUCUGCAGAGGAGAAAGCAAGCGUGGAGAGCCUGAAGGCAGAGGUGUGUCCUUGGGAGGCUCCAGGGACUCAGUCCAUGGACACAGCAGAGAUCUGCCCUUGGGAGGUGGCCGCAGCUCCAUCAGGUACAGAGGAACCAAGGCAGGACAAGGAUGCUCUGUCCAUAGGGACAAAGAGCCCCUUGCCAAGGGAAGGUGCCUUCAAAGGGACUGGACACAGCACACCUGCAGAGGAGAAAGCAAGCGUGGAGAGCCUGAAGGCAGAGGUGUGUCCUUGGGAGGCUCCAGGGGCUCAGUCCAUGGACACAGCAGAGAUCUGCCCCUGGGAGGGGGCUGCAGCUCCAUCAGCUACAGAGGAAUCAAGGCAGGACAAGGAUGCUCUGUCCAUAGGGAGAAAGAGCCCCUCCACAAGUGAAGGUGCCUUCAAAGGUAUUGGUUAUCAUACGUCUGCAGAGGAGAAAGCAAUCGUGGAGAGCCUGAAGGCAGAGGUGUGUCCUUGGGAGGCUCCAGGGGCUCAGUCCAUGGACAAAGCAGAGAUCUGCCCCUGGGAGGGGGCUGCAGCUCCCUCGCAGCAGCUGAAGCCAAAGCAGGGCCCUGGGGGGGUGCCCAAGGGGGACAAGCGCAUCAGGCGCCAGGCAGCGCUGGCCAGCCCAGGGAGAGCCCUGGAGAGGGGCAGCAGCAAGCGAGAGGCUGCGUGUCCAUGGGAGAGCCUGGACAAGGAGCAGCCCAUGGAGCAUCCCCGUGCCAGGAGCCCAGCGCUGCCCAGUGCACCUCCAAGAGCAUCCCAGAGUGGGGAGAGCCUGAAGGCAGAGGUGUGUCCUUGGGAGGCUCCAGGGGCUCAGUCCAUGGACAAAGCAGAGAUCUGCCCCUGGGAGGUGGCUGCAGCUCCAACAGCUACAGAGGAACCAAGGCAGGACAAGGAUGCUCUGUCCAUAGGGAGAAAGAGUCCCUCCACAAUGGAAGGUGCCUGCAAAGGGAUUGGGCAUCACAGGUCUGCAAAGGAGAAAGGAAGUGUGGAGAGCUUGAAGGCAGAGGUGUGUCCUUGGGAGGCUCCAGGGGCUCAGUCCAUGGAUAAAGCAGAGAUCUGCCCUUGGGAGGUGGCCGCAGCUCCAUCAGGUAAAGAGGAAUCAAGGCAGGACAAGGAUGCUCUGUCCAUAGGGACAAAGAGCCCCUUGAUAAGGGAAGGUGCCUUCAAAGGGAUUGGACACAGCAGACCUGCAAAGGAGAAAGGAAGUGUGGAGAGCCUGAAGGCAGAGGUGUGUCCUUGGGAGGCUCCAGGGGCUCAGUCCAUGGACAAAGCAGAGAUCUGCCCCUGGGAGGGGGCUGCAGCUCCAUCAGGUACAGAGGAAUCAAGGCAGGACAAGGAUGCUCUGUCCAUAGGGAUGAAGAGCCCCUCCACAAUGGAAGGUGCCUUCAAAGGGACUGGACACAGCACACCUGCAGAGGAGAAAGCAAGCAUGGAGAGCCUGAAGGCAGAGGUGUGUCCUUGGGAGGCUCCAGGGGCUCAGUCCAUGGACAAAGCAGAGAUCUGCCCUUGGGAGGGGGCUGCAGCUCCCUCGCAGCAGCUGAAGCCAAAGCAGGGCUCUGGGGGGGUGCCCAAGGGGGACAAGCGCAUCAGGCGCCAGGCAGCGCUGGCCAGCCCAGGGAGAGCCCUGCAGAGGGGCAGCAGCAAGCGAGAGGCUGCGUGUCCAUGGGAGAGCCUGGACAAGGAGCAGCCCAUGGAGCAUCCCCGUGCCAGGAGCCCAGCGCUGCCCAGAGCGCCUCCGAGAGCAUCUGAGGGCAGGGAGAGCCUGAAGGCAGAGGUGUGUCCUUGGGAGGCUCCAGGGGUUCAGUCCAUGGAUAAAGCAGAGAUCUGCCCCUGGGAGGUGGCCGCAGCUCCAUCAGGUACAGAGGAACCAAGGCAGGACAAGGAUGCUCUGUCCAUAGGGAGAAAGAGCCCCUCCACAAGGGAAGGUGCCUUCAAAGGGACUGGACACAGCACACCUGCAAAGGAGAAAGGAAGUGUGGAGAGCCUGAAGGCAGAGGUGUGUCCUUGGGAGGCUCCAGGGGCUCAGUCCAUGGACAAAGCAGAGAUCUGCCCCUGGGAGGUGGCUGCAGCUCCAUCAGGUAAAGAGGAAUCAAGGCAGGACAAUGAUGCCCUGUCCAUAGGGACAAAGAGCCCCUCGACAAGUGAAGGUGCCUGCAGAGAGAUUGGGCACAGCACACCUGCAAAGAAGAAGAAAGCAAAUCUCGACCUUGAGUCCAUCUGCCCCUGGGAGAGCCUGGACACGGAGGAGCAAUCCCUGAGAACAACAGGAAAAGAGCCAUCCAAGAAGUCCGACAGCAGAGAGAGCAGGAAAGCUGAGAUUUGCCCCUGGGAAGCAGCAGAGCCCAGUGGCUCAGAGAAGGAACUCCCACAGGGAGCUGAUGGAGCAUCCUCCCCUGGGAUGGGAGAGUCAAAGGUGGUGCUGGCAGCCAGCACCGUGUCUCCAGCAGCCCCAAGGAAGAAACCCAAGGGCAGACCUGGCAGCGAGGCCAAGCACAAGCCCCUGAGCCGCAUCCAGCCCCGGCGGGGCCCUGGGGCAGAGCUGCUGCCUUGGGCAGCGGGUACAGCCCCUGGGACAGGCAGCAGCCCCAGCCCAGCUGGGGUUUGUCCCUUGGAAGCAGAAGAGGCUCCACCAGCAGAUGACAAGACCAGCACAGAUGGGAGGAAAACCUCAGCGGUGUGUCCAUGGGAGAUGGAGAGUGCGGAUGCCACCCGGAGUGGAACCAAAGCAGACAUCUGCCCUUGGGACCAUGAGUAGCUCCCUCCUGCCAGGGCCAUCAGCCAGCUGCAGACAUGGUUUUCAUGAACACAAGGUCUUGAGCUGAAGGCCGAUGCCCAAUGGCACAGCCCAAGCAGGGACAGAAGUGUCCAGCGAAGCCAAUGGCAUGGCCAUGCUUCCAGAAGUCACUGGUGGUGGCCUUGGGGACCAGUGCAGUGAGGGGACAAUGAACAUCUCCUACCUUCAUCAAGCUCUCCAGAUGGGUGCAAACACCACCCAUCAUUUUCCCACAGGUAGGUGCCCCAGUGCAGGGUCCCUGCGGUCCAAGCAGGCACCUGAAUAUGUUAAAAUACAUAGGGAAGAGUCAAACCAGGGCAGGAAGAUGAUGCAGCAGGGGAGGAAGCCAGCUUCCCCCAGUGAAGGUUUUAGCUCUCUCUGAAUCCACACAAGGCUCAGAGCUCGUUCUGCUGUUCCUUUGUUGUUUGAUUGCACUCUCCUUAGAAAGGGAUGCUGGUGUCAUGUGCUGUCUGUGGUCUUCAGCACUGAGUGUUCCACGAUCAUCCGAUGGUGUAAGUAAGUGUACAUACAGACAAUAAAACAUAUUAUCUACAGAGCACACGCUUUAGUGGCUGGUUUAUGGGCUGUGGGCAAGAUACUGAACAUGCUCAAGAAAGAGGUACAGCAGAAAGCAGCGAGGCUGGAAAGGAAACCCAGAAACACAAGUGGGUGAGUUGCAGAGGUUUGAAUAAUGGCAAAGCUGAUGGGGAGCCACACAUUGGCAGACUGGAAGGAAAGGCCUUUCUCCCUGGAAAAACACAGCUACUCCACCAGA